GUCAAAGACAAAGAUUGAUUGAACGUUAUCCCGGUGAAGUGAAGCAAAUUGCCGCGUUCUCUUGAUUAUAUGCUGUUUUCUAUAGUAUUUUAAUAUAAUUUGCUAAAAUAAUCUGACAGGAAAAUGCAGGCCUUUCUCAAAACUGGGAAAAUAUCAGGCUCAGCUAAGCUGACGCCGUCGGGCACCAAACCAACAAAGAAGAAACCGCCGGCACCAUGGGUCGAGAAAUACCGUCCAAAAACGAUUGAGGACAUCGUAGAUCAGGGCGAGGUAGUUCAAGUGUUGAGAGAAUGCUUGUCGGGCGGUGAUCUGCCGCACCUGCUGUUCUAUGGGCCGCCGGGCACGGGAAAGACGAGCGCCAUCCUGGCGGCGGCGCGGCAGCUGUUCGGCGACAUCUCGCGCGACCGCGUGCUGGAGCUGAACGCGUCCGACGAGCGCGGCAUACAGGUCAUCCGGGACAAAGUCAAGUCAUUUGCACAACUCACAGUCAGCGCCACCAGGACAGAUGGAAGGACGUGCCCUCCAUACAAGCUGGUGAUACUGGACGAGGCGGACUCCAUGACCACCGCCGCGCAGGCGGCGCUCCGCCGCACUAUGGAGCGCGAGACGCGCACGACACGCUUCUGUCUAAUCUGCAACUACGUGUCUCGUAUCAUUCCACCGAUCACGAGUCGCUGCUCCAAGUUCAGAUUUAAGCCGCUGGCGAGAGAAAAUGUUAUAAUGAGGCUGCGAGAUAUCUGCGCGUCGGAGGGCGUGGAGAUCGGGGACGGGUCGGUGCUGGAGCAGGCGGUGGGCACGUGCGAGGGCGACCUGCGCCGCGCGCUUACCGCGCUGCAGUGCUGCCAGCGCCUGCUCGGGGAGGUCACGGCCGAGGGGCUCGUCGAGGUGACUGGUUUGGUACCGGAGAAACUAGUCAACGAGUACCUGGCUAUCAAGAACUACGGGGAACUGGAACAGUUUGUUGACAAUUUCCUAAUGGAAGCGUAUUCGGCAUCGCAGCUGCUGGAGCAGGUGUCGGCAGCGGUGGUGUGCGCCGGGCACCUGACCAACCGGCAGAAGGUGCGCAUCAGCGAGAAGCUGGCGGGGUGCGCACACCGCCUGCAGGACGGCGGCGCCGAGGCCAUGCAGCUCACCGACCUGGGCUGCGCCGUCAUCAUGGCCAACAACGACCCCUGAUGCGCAUGCGCCCCCUGCCUCCACUUAUUCAUACUCUGUAACAGUCUCGACUAUUUCUUUAUAGUAUAUCUCGUUAUCGCACGGUCGGAAUUAAUUAAGGUACAUUUUAAUCUUAUUGUCACGUAUACCUAGCGGUGCCAUUGCCGCGAAUGUGUCGACGUAAUGUCAAAUUUACCUAAAUCCAUAAUAUUCGCUACAUUGAAGGUGACGUGUGUUUUAUUGCCAUAAAUGAAAUUCUGAUACUAUUUUGGGCCGGUUUGAAAAUUCUUGAUAUUCGACACGAAUAAUGUUAUAUUUUGAUGAUGUAUGAUCUUAUAUUUUUUAGCCUACUCACUAUAGCAACUGACACGAAUCUAGAAUAAGACCAAGCUAACUUUGCAUGGCAUUUGCAAUGACAGUGUGGCAAUGUCUUCAUUAAUGUCAAAUUUCUAUGUAAGCAACGUAUAUAUUGACACUCCCUCACUUUGUUCAGUUAGAAUUGGUGCAGAGUUAGCUUAGACGGACCCUAACGAUGCCAAAACACAAUUAUGGUGUAAGUAUCAGAUUCAGAACUAGUAAACAUUCACGCUUGUCUUAAAUAUUCUUGCGUUACCUACUUACGAGUCCUUUUAAAUCAUUACUUGUUAUCUACGUACAAGUCAAAAGUGUAUUUUAAUUAUUAGCGAUAUACACAAAAUCCUAAUCUCAAAAUCAAUAUUUUAAAAUAAAUAUGACAAAUUAAAUCAUGUAACAAUGCAAAAAAUGUAUGCCAUCAAAAUGAUAUAGCUCGAAAGAAAUAAACUCAUCAGACGAUAACUAUCAUUAUCGUCGUAUCGCACUCGUACAUGAAUGUAAUUCUGGCAUAAGAACAUGUGGAUGAUGUCUGUACUCGUAAUUCUUACAAACAUUCGAUACUACUACGAGUAUUUUACCUGUACACAAGAAGCGGAAUGUUUUUCGGCGUUUUUGUUACGGUCUGUCUCAUGAAUUUGGUAGACGGUUUACAUUUUAACAAUGUGUAUUUCUACUGCCGAUAUAACAACAAAUAUUUUAAAUAUUAAGGUUCAAAUCUUGUGCGAUCCCUGCAGAUCUGUUCCUCUUUAUUGCGCGCAAUUGAAUAGUCAAAAUCGUGACAAAUGAUAGUUCUGUAUCAUGUUAUCAAUUUAUUUAUUAUCUUUUGUUUUAAACAACAUGAAUUAAACGCCAACCUAAUAAUAGUCUUAAUAAGAAUGUCUGUUUACUAUGUGUGAUGUGAAGUAAAUUGGAUUUCAAUGUCAAUAUUUCAUGCGUGAGUUUUACUUUUUAUGUAUAUGACUCGAAAAACACAGGCCCAGCCUAGUGUCACUCAUCGGUAUAUUUCAAA